CGCCGACCGCCCGCAGCCGGAUUCGCCCGCUGCUCCCUUCCCAGGCGUACACAAGCGCGAGUCAGUGAGGGAGCAGAGCACAGGCGCGAGCUCGUCAGUACACACAGCUCUCUUCCGCGCGGUGCCGUAGAUUCCGAGCUCGCAAUUCUCUCUCCCUCUCCGUCCACUCCGGUGCCUAGCCGGACACAUGGCCGGCGGCCACAUCCGCGCGGUCGUGGAGGGGUACAGGCCGUGCGCGGCGAUGGUUGCCACGCAGUGCAUCUUCGCGGCCAUGACGCUGUGGGUCAAGGCGGCGUUCGCCGGCGGCAUGAGCCCCACGGUCUUCGUCGUCUACAGGCAGGCCGUCGCCACCCUCGUCCUCGCUCCCAUCGCCAUCGUCUCCAACCGGAGCAUGCUGAAGGACAUGAGGCUUGGGAUGAAAGGCUUCUUCUUGGUGUUCAUGGCAGCUUUGUUUGGAGCAACGGUGAACCAGAAUCUGUGCUACCACGGGCUGCACUUAGGGACCUCAUCGCUGGCCACGACCAUGACGAACUUGAUACCGGCGAUCACCUUCGCCAUGGCAGUAGCCGUUGGGCAAGAAAGAGUAAACAUCAAAGAAGUAGCUAGCAUUGCGAAGGUCCUCGGCACUGCAGUCUGCAUCGGAGGAGCUAUCACGAUUGCAUUCUUCAAAGGCCCAAAGCUGCUGAAGCUCUCUCUCCAUGAUUCGUACAUGCUUACCCCGUCAAGCAGCGAUUGGGUGAUGGGAGCGCUCUUCCUCAUCGGCAGCAGCUCCUGUUGGUCCCUUUGGCUCAUCUUGCAGGCGCCCAUCUGCAGAUCGUACAUGGAUCCUCUGACCCUAUCGGCCUGGACCUGCUUCCUGUCCACGCUGCAAUCCGCGGCGGUCACCUUCUUCCUGCUACCGAACCGUAGCUCGUGGAAGAUCCACUCCCUCUUCGAGCUCUCAUGCUACAUCUUUGCCGGCGUGUUCGGGUCAGGCGUGGUGUUCUACCUGCAGUCGUGGUGCAUCUCGGUGAGGGGCCCCCUCUACUCGGCCAUGUUCACCCCGCUCUGCACCGUGGUCACCACCGCGCUCUCCGCCGUCGUCCUCCACGAAGAGCUGCACAUCGGAAGCAUGGUAGGCGCCGUCGCUGUCGUCGCCGGCCUGUACGUCGUGCUGUGGGGCAAAGCAGAGGACGCGAGGAAGGGGAGGGGGCCGGACCAGAGCAAAGACUCGACGGACGGGACCGCACGGUCUGACGCUCAGCUCGACGUGGAGCACACUCUCGCUGCGCCUCUCCUGGCAGGCGCCGCACGCUCACAAGCACCCAGCUGAUCGAGGAACAGAGGAUCCCUUUCAGCUCUGCAGUCUUUCUUUGCCAUGAAAAUUGCUGCUGCUCCUGCUGCUGCAAGUUGCUGCCUGAUAUGAUUUGUCGGCAAUAAACUGAAGGGUUGAUGCGCGACAGGUACACUGUGCGCACAUGUGGUGGAGAUGCUACCUGCAAAAUGGUGACGGGAUCCAAGUAGAAGAAGAGAAAUCGAGCAAGUUUGCUUAGCAA